GGUAGCGGAGUUCAGGAAAGGGGAGUUCAAGGAGAGCCCGGUGAAACUGGGCCGCUUUGGAGCCCGUCCCUUGUCACUGCCGCCGCCAUGCCAGGUGUGGUGGAGUUGCCCACCUUGGACGAGCUCAACGUACAGGAGGUGAGUGUCAGUUCUGCUGUGCUAAAAGCUGCAGCCCAUCAUUAUGGCGCUCAGUGUGAUAAAGUCAAUAAAGAAUUUAUGCUUUGCCGUUGGGAAGAGAAGGACCCAAGGCAAUGUUUAGAUGAAGGGAAACUUGUCAAUCAGUGUGCUCUGGAGUUCUUCAGGAGUAUAAAGUUACACUGUGCUGAGCCUUUUACUGAGUAUUGGACCUGUAUUGACUAUUCUGAACUUCAAGAGCUUCGCCGAUGUCGCAAGGAACAGGCAAAAUUUGACAGCUGUGUUCUGGAAAAACUAGGAUGGGUACGCCCUGACUUGGGAGAACUAUCAAAGGUUACAAAAGUGAACACAGAUCGACCUCUACCAGAGAAUCCCUAUCAUUCUAGACCAAGACCAAAGCCAAAUCCUGUUUAUGAGGGAGACUUGAAGCCUGCAAAACAUGGUAGCCGACUCUUUUUCUGGAGCUGGUAGAAGAAGAAUCUAUAUUUAAGGAGCUCAAGCUCAAACACAGCCUCAAGCAACAAGUACAGAAUUAAGACUCCUGUCCAGCUUGUCUGCAGGACCAGCAGGUCCUUUCCAGGAAAAUAAAAAAAGAAAACCUAA